UUGACUAGGCAGCUAGAUCUGGCACGCACAUACUGUAUGUGAGAAAACGAUCUGACAGCAAAUACUGUUAGUAAAUCUAGAAUUUAACAGACAUGGGAAAACCAGAGGUUCUCUCCCUUCUGUUUUCCAAUGUAUUUUUACUGGGAAUCGUCUUCAUUAUUUGUCUUUUCCUCUUUGAUUUUGUGAAGAGAAGGAAGAAGUGUUCACGGUUCCCCCAAGGUCCUAAAGGUGUGCCCUUUCUGGGUAACAUUCUGCAGAUAGACUUCAACAAACCUCAAGUCACUUUUUACCAGCUAAGCAAGAAGUUCGGGAACAUAUUUAGCCUGCAGUACUUCUGGACUAAAAUCGUGGUGCUCAAUGGGUUUGAAGUGAUGAAGGAAGCUCUGAUAAACAGGUCUGAGGAUAUAGCAGAUCGUCCCAGAUUUCCUCUCUAUGAGAAAGUAGAAUGUGCAGGCGAUUCCAAAGGAUUGGUGUUAGUCAGAUAUGGGCGUUCCUGGAAAGAGCAAAGAAGAUUCACUCUGUCAACGCUGAGAAACUUUGGGAUGGGAAAGAAAUCCCUGGAGGAGAGAGUGACAGAGGAAGUGCACUGUAUGUGUUCGGUAUUCAAAUCCCAGAAAGGUAUUGCUUUUGAUCCCUGUUUCCACAUUACCAAAGCAGUUAGCAAUGUGAUCUGUUCCAUAGCAUUUGGAGAUCGGUUUGCAUAUGAUGACGCAAAAUUCCAAAAACUCUUAAAACUUUUUGAGGCAGCCCUAAAAUCGGAAUCUGGACUACUGGGUCAGGUUUUAAAUGAAAUUCCUUUGCUAAUGAACAUUUCAUGGCUUGUUGAUUAUGUUCUUCGGCCAGAGUAUGAAAUUAUUGCAUUCCUGAAGGAAAUGGUUUUGGAACAUAAGAAAAGUUGGAAUCCUAAUUACAUUCGUGAUUUUAUUGAUGCCUAUCUACUGGAGAUGGAAAAAGUAACAGAUCCUGACAGUAGUUUCAAUGAGACAAAUCUACUCUUGACAACAUAUGAUUUAUUUGCAGCGGGGACAGAAACCACAAGUAACACCUUGAGAUGGGCACUCUUAUACAUGCUGCUCUACCCAGACGUCCAGUCCAAAGUCCACGAGGAGAUUGAUCGGGUGAUUGGAAAAGAGAGAAAGCCUACAAUGGGAGAUGUGCUGGAAAUGCCAUAUACUAAUGCUGUGAUCCAUGAAAUACAACGGUGUGGGGACAUUGUUCCCCUAGCUUUGCCACAUUCGACCUACAGGGACAUGGAAAUUCAAGGACAUUUUAUACCAAAGGGGACCACCAUCAUCACCAACCUGUCCUCUGUGCUGAAAGAUAAGCAAGCGUGGGAGAAACCUCUGCAAUUUUAUCCAAAGCAUUUUCUUGAUGAAAAUGGCAAGUUUGUAAAGCGAGAAGCUUUCAUGCCGUUUUCUGCAGGACGACGAGCUUGUUUGGGAGAGCAGCUAGCCAGAAUGGAACUUUUCCUUUUCUUCACAACUCUUUUGCAGCACUUUACCUUUGAGAUACCAAAUGACCAGCCUCGCCCACGGGAGGACCCUCUUUAUGCAUUUACACUAAGUCCACAUCCUUAUGAUGUGUGUGCUGUAGCCAGAAUAUAAAUUUACUUAACAGAGGAGAAAUCUGUAUUAAAUUUCCGUUGCUUAUAUAUCAGUUUCAAUCUUAGGUUAAGAAUUGAAUUUUUAUUAUACAUAAACGUAACCACUGUAAAUUUUGGGAUAAUACCAUGAAAAUAUAUGUAUGACAGUGGCAGAAAAAUGGAUUAUGUUCAUGGUGAUGGCUAAUAAUCUGGGGUUUCUGAUUUUUAAUAAUGCUUGACAAAACUGUGAAUCCUAAAAUCCGUGAAAUGCCCAUUUUUUGUGAUUUAAAUAUAAUUAAAAAUCUACAAUCAAUUGGAAAAA